CAUAUUGUGCUCGAUCUUUUUCUAGGAUUCUUUUGUCCUUUUAUUUUCUUAGUCCAGCACAUCAAGGGGCGUUGUGCAACAUCAGAUGGCAUCAUUGCAGGAUAGCCUCAAUAAGUUCAAGCAGCAGCAAGAGAGGUGCCAAACCACCCUUACCAGCACUGCAGCAGCCAGAGCAGCAUCCUCUAAGGCCCCCCAAUCUCACAAGAACAUACCUGCUGCAAGCACAAUUUCAGCUCCAGUGAGGGCUCCUGGAAUCAAAUUUUCAAAUGAUACAGAGAGGCUUCAGCACAUCAACACUAUUAGGAAGUCUCCUGUAGGUGCUCAGAUCAAACGUGUUAUAGAUCUACUCCUUGAGACAAGGCAAGCGUUCACUGCGGAGCAGAUAAAUGAAGCAUGCUAUGUUGAUGUGAAUGCCAACAAGGCCGUCUUUGACAGCCUGAGGAAUAACCAUAAAGUGCAUUAUGAUGGGAAGCGCUUCUCGUACAAGUCCAAGCAUGAUUUGAAAGACAAAAAGCAACUGCUUGAAUUGGUACGGAAGUUUCCAGAGGGCAUUGCUGUCGUUGAUCUCAAGGAUGCAUACCAAUCUGUGAUGGAAGAUUUGCAGGCUCUGAAAACUGUAGGGCAGAUUUGGCUGCUCUCAAAUUUCGACUCGCAAGAGGACAUAGCAUACCCAAACGACCACAAGGUGCCGCAGAUAAAGGUGGAUGACGAUCUGAAGCUGCUCUUCCGUGGGAUUGAGCUGCCUCGCGACAUGGUUGACAUCGAGAAGGACCUGCAGAAGAAUGGCAUGAAACCCGCAACCAACACAGCCCGGAGGAAGUCCUUGGCCCAGGUGCACGGUGUCACCCCCAGCAAGCCCAAGACCAAGAAGAAGCGCGAGCUGAGCAAGCGGACCAAGCUCACAAAUGCCCAUCUCCCAGAGCUUUUCAAAAACUUGAACGUCCCGGACACUUGACGAUCAAGAAUGCAGGAAUGAUUGUUCAAUACGUGUUUAGAUUCAUAGGUGAUUCGGUAUAUGAUGCAUGUGAAAUUCGCCCCAUUGUAUUUGAUGCCCAAAUGCAAGAAGAAUGCAUCAUGAUGCAAGAUUUUGAAAGAAAAGAUGUAGCAGAGAGGUGUUUGUGGGCCUUCUCAGUUCAGCAAGUUAAAGAUCUCAUGAGGGGGAAUGGCAGGUUUAUAAAGAUUGUGGGGAUUUAGAUGGCUAAUUGUGUUGGAUUGGUCUGCUGGGUGCCAGAACAGUGGGCCCAUCACAUCUGCCAAUGGGACUAAGGAUGGUGGCAGCCACGGGACAACCGCCAUUGCCCAUAGUUCAUGUAAUGCUUACAAAAGAAAACUCAGUAUUUGAGGCACUGAAUUUUCACAGAUUGUUGUGUAUUUUCAGGCUUAUUUCACCAUGUGGUUUGGAGAACCUGUUUCGGUACGAGGAAUCCAAACAUAGACAUGGAUAAAUGGUAGUCAUUUACUUUUUCCAGUAAUGUAUCAGCUUGGGUGCGAGAAAUCUAAGCUGGAAGAUGAAUAAAUGGGAGUGUUUACUUCCAACUGUCUGUGGAUUCCAUUCUUGGGGUCCUGUUUGUUUAGUAAGUAGAAAUCCUAAAAUCAAGUCAUUGCUUUGCUGGCA